AUGGUUAACUCUGAACUAAUUGAAAGAUUAGCCCGCAAGUUAGAAGUGGAAGGUCCUUUUGUCUCGGAAGGAAGAAAAGAUGAUAAAAUAAUGAUAACUGUCUUUGAAUUAGAACUUGCCACCCCACCAAAAAGAAAUAUAAAAGUAAUCAUGAAAAGAAAUAAAGACUUUAAUAAAUUAUCUGAAAAAGAAAUAAUUGCUCGCUUGGAGAGUGAUAAUUACGAAGGGGGGAACAUUGGUUUACCCGAAAAUCCUACUUUGGAAGAAAGGACUAAAUAUAAACUCUGUAAAUCAAUUUUGGUUUACCAACUAAAAAAUAAACUGCCCUUUGAAAAAAUGGCCGAAAGUUUAGCCAUUUCUGAAGAAGAGUUAUACGAUAUUUGCCGGGAUAGUGAAGAAUUAGAAGGUGAAUUAAUUUUAACUUAUGAAGAAUUUCCUAAAUUAGAGCGCAAAGAAGUUCCCCAAGGUGUUUUUUUGAAAACUGAAAACAGAGUUGAAGUUCUUGCCUAUACUCCGAUUGAAGAAAGGCUAAUUGAAAUUAUAUCCGAAGAGAAGCAAAAAACCACUAAACUAGAUUUAACUCAAAAAGGAUUACGCGGAAGUUUAGACUUAUCCGAGUUUGAUAAUUUAGAAGAAUUAACUGAUUUAAAAGUUUUAGAAAACUUAACAGAAUUAGAUAUCUCUUAUAAUCCAAAUCUUAAAGAAGGUUUAGAAGAUUUAGAAACAUUAGAGAAAAUAAAAGGUAAAGGCACUGUUUACGAAGAAAAAUUAAAAAAAGUUGGCGGAGAUUUUCAAGCUUGA